AUGAACUUUCUGGAAGAAUAUUCCUGCUCACUCACACUCAUGUCAGGAAGAGCAUCAGUGGAGAUUCACAGCACUAGAUGUGAUGUCACACUGCAUGCGAACUUCAGGCCCACGGUGCAGGAGGAUGGAGGUGAUGUGUUGUAUCGUGGUUUUGAGGAUGGUAUUGUAAAGCUGAAGCUGCAGGGUUCCUGCACCAGCUGUCCCAGCUCCAUCAUCACGCUGAAGAGCGGCAUCCAGAACAUGCUGCAGUUCUACGUUCCCGAGGUGGAAGGAGUCGAGCAGGUGAAGGAAGAGGAUUUGGAUGUUGAAAAGGAUUUGAUAUUUUGAGUUUUAACGGACUUU